GGUAUCUGGGUGGCUUGCUUCAGGUCCCAGGAAGCAAAAGAGAAUGGAUUCGGAGCAGAUCACUCAUUUGUCACGAGACAAGGACUGUAGUAGAGAGAUGUGCAGGGUGGGCGAGAGGAGCAGAGUGAGUCAUGGGCUGGCUUGUUCUGCAGGCAGCCUGUAAUUGCAAUGGUGGGAGGGCAGUGAUGUGAUGACCAUCUGUUCUGUGUCUUUUUCAUCCACAUGAGCUCUAAGUGUAGGGAAACACCCUAUUCACUUUGAAAUCCCAGCAUCUAGCAGCAAUGGCACUUCACAAAUGUUUGCCAAAUGAAUGGAAAAAGAAAUGUCUACUUUCUGUUGCAGGUUUGUUCAAAUUCAACAUUAGUGAACAGAUUUUUCUCUUGAGGUUUUAGAAUUAAAUCUGAAAGUCACCCUUGAGGUACGUAGAUGUUGUUUUGGCCUGACCAUGAUGGAAGGAAAGUAAAGUGAGGGGUGGUGGUGGAAGGAUCAUCAUACAGGAGUUGAAAGGCAGAUCAGGGUUAGAGGAAGAUGCCAGCAGAGUUUAUAAAAAUGUAUGUGGCUGAACCAUGAAAGAGGUGGGCAUUUGGAGAACUGCUUAUUUUGUUUCGUCCUUUAUCAGGUAAGAGUAGAGGCAUAGAAAGUCUUGCCUUUCUCCUCUCUCUCACAGACCCUGGCAAGACACUUAUGGGUUCUGCUUCUGCCUUCAUGUCCUCUUACUGCCCUUAUCCUGUACUUUCUCUUAUUUUGUAUACCACAAGGAAAGGAAAGUUAGGGAAUGGACAGACAUGGAGUCAUAAUGAGCAUGAAUCAAUCCUAUAAGAAACUUUAAAAAAAUUUGAACAGUUUCUGUUUAAUGUUCAAAGUUGAUAUUGUAACAUGUAGUUCUACUUAAAGAACCCUUCUGGGAUGAAAGAAAACACGAAAGAAGCUCCAUUCCAGCAUACAUCUAUGUAUAUUUGUGCAUAUAUGCUACUCUACCCUGGUCAAGGAUGAACAUUUGCUUCCCUUUCGGCCUUGUAAAUAGAAAGCCAAAUAUCCAUACUCUCAUUUCCUUUAUUUUGAGCCCAUAUGCAGAGGUAGAAUCUUAAGAAUAUCAAGUUAAAAAGAGAAAAACAAAAAGAACAAGAUAUGAUCACAAUUACCUUUCCUUUCUGAUCUCACUGAAGACUGAAGAGAUCAAGGCUAUAAAAAAGAACAAAGUGUUCCCAGGUCCUCAGGGUGACCAAUGAUCCCAAAGCCCUCAGUUCUAUUAAAGAAUGCCUCCAAUUUCAUUUAUAUCUGAGUUUGUGGAGGUUAUACAUGGGAAAAUCCUGUUUGCUAUUCUAUCUACUCCAAGGCAGAGGCUAUGUUACUACUAAUAUUCAGACUACUAUCGAACUACUAUUAUCAGUACAGUCCAUAAAGUACUUUCUCCAAAGUUACCUACAUUUCAGCUUGAAAGUACUUGAGGGUUGCAUAAUAUUAUCCUUUUUUGUACAUAAAAUUUUGUUCCUAAGCCACAUUAGCAAAGCUGCUAAAUAAAACCAUAUUACAAACCUGGUUUCUCUAGUUCUAGAUCUUUCCACAGUCCCUGCUUCUUCCCAAAGAGUGAGUUCCUGCCUCUUGUAAUAGAUUUAUCCAUUUUAUCAUGAUGAGCCUAGUUGACAUAUUUAAGGUAGUGUUUGUAAGUUUUCAACCAGAUUUUUUUUUCAUUAUCAUUUUACCUACUACUAUCACCUACCAAACUCCCCUCACUCUCAAUCUGAGGUAAGUUGGCAAAGAUGUGAGCUCCUAAAAUUGCAGUGCAUUAUCUCCAGGAUUUAACUGGGUCUUCCUGAGACCGCCUCAUGUCCUUUUAAGGUGUUGGGCUGCCUCUGGUACAGAAUAGAUAUAUGUUGGAAUAAAGCCUAUCAUCUUGGCCCACAAAUGGUCUCAAACAUCUGAUUAAGGCUAGCCAACUGUAUAUAAAAUGAACUCAUAAAAAGUUAUUUUUAUAAUUCUUUGAUUCAACCACUUCUCUUGUUUCUGACUCUCUUUGCAGAUUAACAAUCUUCAUAUUUUUAAAUGGGAACGGGUAACCAGACUUAUGUGAGAGAGUUCAUACUCCUUGGCCUGUCCAGUGACUGGGACACACGGGUCUCCCUCUUUGUCCUCUUCUUGAUCACAUACAUGGUGACAGUGCUGGGGAACUUUUUCAUUGUUCUUCUGAUCAGACUGGACAGCCGACUCCACACUCCCAUGUACUUCUUUCUCACCAACCUCUCCCUUGUUGAUGUCUCUUAUGCCACAAGCAUCAUCCCCCAGAUGUUGGUGCAUCUUCUAAUAGAACAUAAAGCAAUCCCAUUUGUGAGCUGUGCAGCCCAGUUAUUUUUCUCCUUGGGCUUGGGUGGGAUUGAGUUUGUUCUACUGGCAGUGAUGGCCUACGACCGCUAUGUGGCUGUGUGCGACCCCCUGCGAUACUCGGUCAUCAUGCAUGGAGGGCUCUGUACCAGGUUGGCCAUCACAUCCUGGGUCAGUGGUUCUCUCAACUCUCUCAUGCAGACCAUCAUCACCUUUCAGCUGCCCAUGUGCACAAACAAGUAUAUUGAUCACAUAUCCUGUGAACUCCUAGCUGUGGUCAGACUGGCCUGUGUGGACACCUCCUCCAAUGAGAUCGCGAUCAUGGUUUCUAGCAUUGUCUUGCUGAUGACACCCUUCUGCCUGGUCCUCUUGUCCUACAUCCAGAUCAUCUCCACCAUCCUGAAGAUCCAGUCCAGAGAGGGAAGAAAGAAAGCCUUCCACACCUGUGCAUCUCACCUCACAGUGGUGGUCUUGUGCUAUGGCAUGGCCAUUUUCACUUACAUCCAGCCCCACUCCAGCCCCUCUAUUCUUCAGGAGAAGUUGACCUCUCUCUUCUAUGCCAUUUUGACACCCAUGUUGAACCCUAUGAUUUAUAGCGUAAGGAAUAAGGAGGUGAAGGGUGCCUGGCAGAAACUACUAGGGCAGUUAUCUGGAUUAACGUCAAAACUGGCAACUUGAUAAAUCCUGAGCAUUAGCUAGAGAAAAGAGCUUUGCCUGUGUUUUCUCCCACUUAAUUCAGAUAUGGCAGGCAUCACCUGCAUUGCCCUGGCAACCAGGAAGGAGAUGCUGACACAUGUACUGGUGAUGCUGGGUAGGAGGCUGGAGGUUGGGUUGGGGUGUGGGUUGUGGGUAUAUUUUUAUGUCACAGCAGCAUGUUCAGUGGAGCUAAGCACUGUUGUAAUAGAACUUCCCACACUCUCUCAGUCUCCUUUCAUAUGGCCUGAGGGUAAUAAGAAGAAAAACAUUUAUUGUUUUGAUUUGUCAUAUUGUUUGUAAUCAUGGGCCUAAUCAUGGAUCUUACUUUGGACCACUGGUUCUUAUUUAUCCAAAUUUUGUACAAGGUAAUUGUGUUUCUACUGGGAACUAAAACGUUUUCAUAUUUUAGACUCACUUAACAAUAAUGUGUGACAUAUAAAGCCACAUCCAGUAACUGUGAGUCACUGUUCUGAGAAGAGAGAUGCUCUCAAGGCUGUUAAGAUGGCUUUGUGCUGGACCUGCUACAUGUGCUCACAGCAUCUCGUCUGCCUGAUGAAGGUACCUCAGUGGAGGAGCAUCAACUGAACGUCUUGUUUCGCUCCACAAUCACUAUGGAAACAUUAGACAGGGGUGGGGGGUUGCCUGGGUGGCUCAGUUGAUUAAGAACCCCACUGUUGAUUUCAGCUCAGUCAUGACCUCAUGGUUCGUGGGUUCAAGCCCCGCGAAGAGCCAAGAGCCCUUUGUUCUCUUCCAGCAACUUAGCUUGUUUGGGACCACCUAAAGGGUUUUCCAGAUCUUCAUUUUUCAGGAAGAAGAAAUGUUAAGAACUGGCUUCUCAGAUAUGUAGAAACAGAUGAGUAUAGUUUUAUAUUCCGUGUGUUAAGUUUUUUAUCUUUUUCAUUUUAUAGACUUUUUCCCCCUCAAGAUUGUCUUUUCUCAGAAAUUUAAAUUCUCAUUAAUUAAUAUAAGUGAAUGCCUUGAGACAACAGACAUUCCUCAUUAGUAGCUGGCAUUCUCAGUAUAAGGGAGGAGAGUACUGUUGACUCAGGGGCAAAAUAAAAUGAUGUUCUAAAUAAUAAGGCCAUUAAAUAAAACUUUUUUAAAAAUUUGGAUCCUAAAAAAUAUCUGAGAAUUAAAGUCUUAUUCAUUAUUUAAUAACCAUAAAAACAUCACUGAGGUAUUUUGUAAAAAACAAGCAAAUCCCUAAAUAUGUAUGCAAAUUACAGUUCAAAAAGAAUCCAAAUAAGAUCCGUACGUGGCCAUUUUCUACUACGUCUCUGAAGACCCGAUUAAUCUAUAGGUUCACCCUACAUUUCCUUUUUUCCCCUUGGAACUAUUUGUUGAAUAAAACAAUGUUGUUUUUCCCAGGUGGAUUUCAAUGCAGUUUGGAUUUUUUUAAGUGUGGUUUUGCUUGUUCCAUUGACCUUGUAUCUCCUGUUAGAUCUGAAGUCUUGAUCAGAUUUAAAUGUAUUUCGUUUUCUGGCUAGAUUUCUCAGAUGGUGGCAUGUACUUCUGUCAAGAAGGACGCAGUGUUCAGUUUCUCUUUUCUAGGGUUUACUGCAAUUAUUACAUUGCCUAGCUCAGGGUUUCUCAAUAGCAGGGUUUCUUAAUGUCUAUUGACAUUUUGGGCUAGAUGGUUAUUUCUUGUGGGGACGAUUCUGUACAUUGUAGGGUAUUUUUCAAAUUCCUGACCUCUACCCACUAAAUGGCCAUUGUGCCCCCUCCCCACCUACUUCCAGUUUUGACAACAGAAAAAUCUCCAGAUAUUACCAAAUGUCCCUUGGGAUGGCUAAAUCACCCCUAGUAGAAAACUACUCACCUAGCUUCAUUAAUUUAUUAGGGGUUUCAAGGUGGUGGUAUUCUAUCAUCCCUUUCUCUUUAUUAUUUGUAAUACUUAUAGAUAGAGACUUCCUCCUCAUUACUGUUUUAUCUU